AGUACAGUGCUUUACCUACCGCUUUUAUCUCAUCCACCUAUUUUUCCCAGGCAUCUGGCGCAGGACAUUUUGGGACAGAAAAUCUUCAUUCACCCAGUCACAUCCCUGUCUUUGACCAUGAGCUGCCCUGAGUCUCAAAAGACUGGGAUUGGUGGGAAGAAUGCUGAUUCUGCUCAAAAACAAGUUAUCUUCAGAAAAAGCACCCGUGACAAAGCUCUGACCAUCUACCUGGGAAAGCGGGACUUCAUUGACAACAUAGGGAAUGUGGAACCUGUAGACGGUGUUGUAUUGGUGGAUCCUGCUAUUAUCAAGGGGAAAAAAGUGUUUGUGUCCCUCACCUGCGCGUUCCGCUACGGCCAGGAAGACAUUGAUGUGAUUGGCCUCACCUUCCGCCGGGACCUGUUCUUCUCCAGGGUCCAGGUGUACCCACCUGCUGACAAGCCAGAGUCUCUCACCCUCUUGCAGGAAUCUCUGCUAAAGAAGCUGGGGAAAAAUGCUUAUCCCUUUUUCUUUACAUUUCCAGAUUACCUGCCUUGCUCAGUCUGUCUGCAGCCUGCACCUCGUGAUGUUGAUAAGACUUGUGGGGUGGACUUUGAGGUGAAAGCUUUCUCAACAGAAAAUGUGGAAGAGAGAAUUCAUAGGAGGAACUCUGCACGUCUGCUGAUCCGUAAGGUGCAGUAUGCUCCGGAGAAGCCAGGACCCCAGCCUUGUGCAGAGACCACCUGGCAGUUCUUCAUGUCCAACAAGCCCCUGCACCUGAAAGCUUGGCUCAGUAAAGAGGUAUACUACCAUGGUGAGCCCAUUCCAGUCACUGUCACCAUCAACAACAACACAGAGAAAACAGUGAAGAAGAUCAAAGUCCAGGUGGAGCAGGUGGCCAAUGUGGUACUGUACUCCAGUGACUUCUAUACCAAAGUGGUGGCUACUGAGGAAGCACAGGAAAAGGUGCAGCCAAACAGUAGCCUGACCAAGACACUGACACUUCUGCCCUUGCUUGCGAAUAACCGGGAGACACGGGAAAUUGCUCUGGAUGGAAAACUGAAGGAUGAGGACACCAACUUGGCUUCUAGUACUAUCAUUAAGGAUGGAAUAGACAAGACAGUGAUGGGGAUUCUGGUUUCCUACAAGAUCAAAGUGAAGCUCACUGUUCCAGGAAUGCUGGGAGACCUCACUUCCAGUGAAGUGGGCACAGAGCUGCCAUUUCGUCUCAUGCACCCCAAACCUGAGGAAAAGAACCCAGCAGCAUCUGCUGUUCUGACUACACGGUGUGUCUUUUUUCCUCCUUUGCUGCAUGCUCAUGACUGCAGGGAAGGAUGGGUAAGUUUAAUUUAGUAUUUCACAUUCUAGCUACACUUGUGUAUUGACUCCUUUAAAAACUCCUCAAAACUCCCAAAAAUCCCCAGCUUAAAAUCCAAAGUGAGCAAGUUACUGUGGCCUGACAAAUGACUGCUCUGAGUUAAACAGUAGUGACUGACCAUGUGAAGAUAGAUUAAGAGAUUGUGUUUUGCCUAAUAGGGUGUGUUUGUGCUCUAUAGCUGGAAGUGCAAGGAACUUAUUUAGGUUUGACCAUGUGCCUCUAUUUUAGUAUAGAAGCAGUAAGGGUCAAAUGUUUCACAUUUUAUUGCUUGACAAAGCCCCUUGCAAGCUCUAGGCUAUUCAGCUAGCUGAUAAAUAUGUAUCCGGAACGGACAUGAUUCAGUACAGAUGAAAAACAUCCUCAGUUUGUGCCUUGACUUGCUCAAUCAACUGCUUUUCAUUUUAGGUAGAAUAGCACCACUGAAGAUGGUGUUUGUGGGAAUGUGAUCCAAAUCACUUUGGAGACAAAGGAAACACUAUCAGUCUGUUGUGGGCUUCUGUUGCCUAUAGUCUAUUGGUGUAAAAAUAGGGUAACAUCAUUUUGAAAAACCUGUGUUUCAUUCAUUGCAGUGAAGCAGAGCUGGUAUUUGAGGAGUUUGCUCGUCAGCAGCUAAAAAAUACACCUGAUGAAGAGGACAAGAAUUCACCCUCAACUGAUGAGUGAUUAAAAGAACGGGCUGACAGAGGAGCUGUGUUGUCUGGCUUCAGUUACAAAUGUAGGACCCAAGUUUCUAGUAAUCUGCAUGUUCUCAGUUCAUGCAUGGUCUUCCAGGGAUCAGCCCUGAGGUCAGUGGACAUGACAUCAGGAAUCUCUAUUGCUUAUUACAAGAUUCACCUUGAAUGGGGCAAACACAACAACUGGUUCUUACUUGAGCUACCAGAGGACAACAGGACACCUGCCAUAUCAUGACUUCUGCUUUCAGGGCUGCCUAAUAAAAAGGUUGGUUGCUUUCAACACUGGUGAGAGCUUAAAUGGGAGUUUAUGCAGCCUGCCUGGACUUACUCAGUGUCAAAGUCUAUGACUUUGAAGUGCCAGUGAAUGAAAUCCUAGCCUGGAAGGCUGGCUUGCAGCCAUGGGUGAUUCAUCAAAGUUUCUCAGCAGACUGUACAAAACUGAUUUUACUUCCUUUUGGUUGCUUUUGCAUUGAUGCUUUACCAAAUUCAGCCAGUAAUUUUUUUCAGUGCUUGCUCUGUCCCCAUGUGGCUUUUACAUUCACUUUCUGUACCAGUAAAUAUCUCACAGGUUGUCUCCCACAACAUAGACAAUGCUUAUACACAGUAUUAGCUUUCUAGCAAUAUGCUUAAUAACCACAUUAUUAAAGAUGAGAUAAAUGUGCACUGUCAAUGAAUUGCUUAAAGCUCCCUAUAUACAAUGCCAAACAGAAAUACAAGUCCAGACAGAGUCUGUAUUUAAUCUAGUUUCCUGUAGGCAACAGCUUCAAAAGAGGGUGCAAGAAAAUUAAGGAGGAAAUUAUGGCGCAGCCUUCCCUGAGGAGCCUUUCCCAACAUCCAUCUGCCAGUAGUUGGUUUAUGCUCUAAGAAAUAAGAUUGCAUUCUGCAAACUUUGUUUUCUCUUGUUGAUCUGGAUAUUCUCAUUAUCCAUGUAAAUGUCGGCUAUUUUCCUGAAUCUCACAUAGAUUUCUGCUGAAGUGAGUUGCAUCGGCUAAUUACACUUUGCAUGUAAAACAACUGGUGUUUUAUUUUUUUCAUUUUUGCUUUAAAUCUGCUUUUCAGCGUCCCUGGUUUAAAUUUCCCUGGAAAGUCUGAAUGCAGGGCCCACAUUUAUUAAUAUAGACUUACAUUUCCUACACUACGCUCUGGAAAAUAGAAUUAAGAACUUCACACUUAUAUCUGUUUGCUGCUUGCUUCUGUAAACUGGUCUCAAUUAAGAUGCUGGAUGCAGUUAAUUAAGACCACAGCUGAUUUCAGGUUUCCAUCAGUGCUCUCCCCUAAUACACCUGUUCCUCAGUGCUGUCCAUUUCACAGGUGUCUCACCUUAGCUUGAAUUGCAAGAGGCACAAUGUUUGCUCUGCAUUGGGUGUUUUGCUGCUAAAGGAACCCGGCUAGUUCCAGGUGUUUGUGAUCAGGAUCAUUUCUGUGUGAUUUCAGCUUUGGGGGAGGGUCAGGUAUUUGCACCUAGAUGUCUGGGAAGGCUUUUCCCUGGUAUUUUUAUUACUAAUUUGUUGGUGGCUCAAGAACACACAGAAGAUACAGUAAGGUUGAAGAAAUUACUGUUUGUGAAUAUGCUGGUCUUGGAGAGCAGGAAUUCAUAAAAUCCUUUAAAGAUCUAAGAGAAGAAGAGGGAACAGGAGUCUUACUACAGAGUGUGUAUUUCUCCACAAAGGUUUUUCCUUCAGUGUUUCUGGCAACUAGACCUGUAAGUAUGGGACCAGUAAACUCAGAGAUCUGAUUAAUUUUUUUUUUCCUUUUUAAAGAAUUUCUUAUAUGUCUACUUUGUGAGGGCCCUCUGUUGCUGCCUGACAUUGCUCUGAAAUUCAGUUGUGGUGAUGACUUCUGUAAGCUAAGUGGGACAAAGUCAUAGUGCACUCUGUGCAGUGGGGAGGAAAUGGUUGUUAAAUGGUUAUUAAAUCUGUUCUUUUGUCUGGGCUUGGGAAAGCACUUUGAGACACUAUUUGUUCAUGCUGGUCAUUUGCUUAGGGAGCAAGGAGGGCUUUCUGCUGGUUCCUGCAGAUCCCUGUUCUGCAGGACAAGCUGGACUUUUCUCCGGCCCUUCGGGCAGCAGAUGCUGACUUCUGUCAGCAGAAAAUAGGUCUCUGCCUUUUAUCUUCCCUUUCUUCUGGUUCUGGUGUUAUGUUGCUCUUCCGAGUCAGACCUGUGGCCUGCUCCUCCUGUUUACCGCUGAGGGAGAGCAGAUCCGAUUUCCUGACUCCGCGGCUUUGAUGUGGUGGGACUCUGUUUGUAAAGAGCUCGCCAGCUCCCGGAGAGGGAUGCGCUCUGGGAGCGAUGGCAUCUCUGGACCUGCUGUGCUUGAAGACAGCUUGGAGCAAAUACGUGACAGGAUGGGUUUCGUGACAGACGCUUUCCCCUCGCACAUCUCCGUGAGAUCCCAGCGGGAACACUACACUGCCCGUAGCUGAUGGGUCUUAGAGAGGCGGGAGGAAGUUACCUGGCCAUUGCGAAUGGAGUGGGGCCGGGCCGGGGCUGCUGCGGCCCCGGGCGGG